AUGUGCGAGCAGUUCCGAUUGCUCAUGCCCUGCCUUAUCAUUCCUCUUCCUGCCUCCGCAGGACAUCUCCACGAGCUCAAGGAUCGCUUGACCAUAUCACAGGCACAAAAGGCGUACGAGAUGGACAUGGUCGUUGAUUGGGUCUCUAUUCAGAUCUUCGAAUAUUUCUCGGUCGGAUGA